AUGACGAAAAAAUCAAGAUUAAUUCUUCAACAUAUUUUAGAUUGCGGAGUUUUAGAACCAUCAACAACUGAUGAAGUACUCACAAUCUUCAGUAACGAUGUCGCAUCGACUGUUGCUGUUUCAAUUAUUUCGAAUUUUUCAAACAACGGAGCAAAUCCAAAAAUUGAGACAGAAUUCUCAAUUGAUUGGGUUAUGCAAGUUUUAGCUUAUGCACUUUCAUUGCCAACUCUUUACAAUGAAACAUUAAAUGAAUGUUUAACAAUCUUUCGUCAUUGGCUCACAGAUGAAACAUUUUUUAAAGACUUAAAGACAAGAAAUUCAUACGCACGCCAAAUUUUUAGAUAUUUAUCACAGAUUUUUGAGUAUAGAAACGAUAAUUCACAUCCAGCGCCAAGACGCGAAUUAAUUUUGAUUUUAUUAAACGAUUUUAAUAGAUACCAAGCAGAACUCGGCUCAAUUUUCGAUGAUGAAACAUGGGCAGUUCUUGUUCGAAUUUUAAUCGGCGCAUGUGACUUUUUAUCACAACCAGAAUCAAUAUCAGUGCUUGCAGAAUCAUCUACUAAAAAUUUAUUACUUAGCAAGUGCUUCGCUUUACUCUACACAACUUUAAUUAACUCAAAAUUAACAACACAAGAAAUCUGGGAAGUUUUUUACAAAUUUACCAAAUCAUGGUCAUCAUCAGAAGACUUCUUAACAUCUUGGCAUGUCUGUCUUAUCGAUGUUUGGAAGAAACUUCUAAAUUUACUUUUUACUCCUACUUUGGAAUACAGAACUGACGUAAACAUCGAAGAACUUACAUUAGUUGGUUUCCAGCUACAGAGAUUCAUCGACUGCAUCGAGUUUAGUUCAGUAACUUCGACUCAAGAAUUAUUUGGUAAUUUUUCACGAACUGUACAAGAUCUCGUUGACUGCUGCUCCAGCCAUCCUCGCUCUUCCCCCGCUUUAUUCCAGCCUUUGUUCCCAGCAUCAGUAUUUUUCAAAUUAUUCAGCAAGUGGUGUUUCAACUGCUUCGAUACUGACUUCACCGCUGGCCAGACAUUGAUAAUAAAGUCACUGAUGAGCAUUGCAGGCGAUUGGGAUUUGUAUACUUCGAAAGAUUGGAGCGAAAUCCUUCUUGCAACGCUUUUGGAGCUGAUCCAACGCGGUAACAAUCAAAUUCUCAUGUCAAUACUUAACAACGGAUACCUUUUGUUCAGAAGAUUCGUUUCAUCAGAAAUAUUUGACAUGAUGAUGAACGCGAUUGAACAAUUUGACCCCAAUCAGAACCUAUGGCUCUCAUUCUGGGCUUCUUUCUCUGUUCUUUUGAUGGAUGAAGCCGAAACUCUCAAAAUUUCACCUACAAUUUCAACAACCUUAUUAAAUAAGAGCACAGUUCAAUGGGCAACACUAAAUGUUCACAAUAUACUCCUUCGCCAGUCACUUCCUGACUUCGUAACUGCAAUUAAGAAGUAUACUUUGAAUAUUUCAGACAAAAAGUUGACAUGGAGAAAUGAAGAGACAACAACAUCAUUUGACGUCAUUUCAGCCAUCUGUUACAUGAUUGCUUCAGCUCCAGCGUAUCAUAAUCUCAAAGACUCAAUUUUGGAGAUCCUUACAACAUUUUUACAGGUUGUAAGAACAAACAUAAGCGAAACAAGGCUCAGAUCCGCGUUUUUAGUUUUGAUUUCUCAAAUUACAAAGUGGUAUGACGCAAUUUUCGAUCCAAAGAUCUCUGUUGACCUUCUGGACUUCCUUGCCCAGCUAUCCGAUGAACAGUUGAUCGAUCCAAUUCAAUGCCAGACAAUUUCAAGAUUAUUAUGCGGCAGAUCUCUCAAUAGAUCGUUCCAAUCACAGAUGAUUAAAGGUAUUAGCGAGUAUUGUACAGAAUCCGCGGGCGAUAAUCAAGAAACAUUGACUCUUCCUCCAAUUGCAACAUUUAAGUCCGGAGAAACGGCUUUGAUUACAGUUGUAGGCGAUACAAAGAGAAGUGACAGCUUCACCAUCCACGUGAGAGAGCCCCGCGGCUUCUUCAUGUGGGAGAUCAAGGAUGAAUUCGUUGAUCCAAAUUAUUCCAUUGAUAAUACAAAUUAUUCUGACAUAAAUUCUGACAAAUAUUUGACAUCUGACAAAUGUCAGAAUUCCGAAAUUUCCGAUGACAAAGACAUUGUCAAUCUUGUUGAUCAGAUGAAAGAAAACAAGUGCUUCGAUAACAAUUUCUUGGAAAGAAAUUAUUACAAAGAUUACAAUUACGUCAAAUCGAGGAAACUUACAAAGGAAGACAGAACAGAUAAGCUUAGACAUAAAGCCGUUGACUUCCUUAUCAGUACAGGUCUUUAUACUAACGUUUCUCGUAUAGAAGAGGAUGUUUCGGAUAUUAUCUCAAAAUUCGAUGCAAUUCCAACAGCUUCUACACUGUUCAUCCCAGUCAUUGAUGCAGAUAAUGACGGAAUCAAGCUUUCAACAACUGAAACUCCUUUGCUUCAGAAGUUUAUGCAGUUAAUUGGAACAACACACCAAUUUGCUGACAGAAAUAGCAAACCAGCCGUACAGUUUGGCUUGUUAACAGUUGUUUACGAUAGAAAUGAAGCUGAAAAUGCUGAUCUUUGCACAAUUAUUUUCUGUGAAUCUCCACUUUUCCUUAACACAAAGCACAAAUCUAUUCCUAAGUCAGAGCUUUUGAUUGUUGUAAGACCUGUUGACGAAAGAUUCUAUUCUUGCAAGACAAUCACAAAAGAUACAAAAUUCUGGUGUCCAAUACUUGAUGAAAGAAUUGUAGCUGCAGAAAAUCUUUCUGAAACAAUUUCUACAACUAUUUUCAUGUAUGCUGCUAGCCACAGGAAAGAAAUUCUUCUUGAAAAAGAUAUUGCAAGAGCUGAGCUUAUCAAAGGCGUUAGAUCAAAACCAAUCGAUAUAUUGUCAGUGGCAGAAACACUUACAUUGAAGUGCUUUGCAUAA